AUGUAUCUCAAUAAUCCUUUUGAAAUUGUUUACGGUUCAUGGUUUUGGCCACCCAACUUCAAACUAAUUGACUAGACAAAGUUGAAAGAAGUUUGCUUCCUCUUUUGACCAAUGUUUUAUAACUUAUUCUCGGGAUAAUAGUGACCCUGCCACUUUUCAUGAGUGUGUGACCUAUGUCUCAAACAUUCCUUUUAAAAUAUGUUUACUGUCCAUGGAUUUGACCCCAAAACUUUAAACAAUUGGCCGGACGAAAGUUGAAAGAAGUUUUGGGGCCAUAGUCCAUGGAUUGUAAAUAUAUUUUUGGCUACAUUUUAUGUAGAUGGGUUGUUCUUUGUCCCUUGCAUCGUUUACAUUAGAGAAAACUUUAUUGGAAAAAGGCUUAAUUAACAAGAUAUGAAAUUUCUUUGUAAGUAAUUUGUUACAUAAUGCUAUGAUUGCUGCAUUUCUACAAAAUAACAGUCACUAUUAGUGAUAAUCAUAGAAGUGUAAAGUUUAUAUACUCGACGGUGACGGUAGGCUGAAAGCUUGGUUCUCUUUGAAGGGUUAUGUUGAAAGCUUGGUUUCAACUUCUUGAAAAUCCACAAAUUCAACUUUGAUCAAGCCACACAUUGUUGAUGGUACAUAUCAUGAAAAGGGGCUUAUUUGAGCUACAUUCUCUUCAGUCGUAGUAUUUGUUCUAAUGGUUGUUCAGGUCCUUGGUCCUUUGAUUUAAAAUGGCAAGGAGGUUAUGUUUUGGUUAUUAGCUGGUAUGUCUAUUGAUUAUCAUCCUCCGGUGUGCUUCUUGGAGUUUUCGUUGCUGAUGCUUCGUGUCUGAGAGCCUGCGAUUUUGGGUUCUUGUUUUAGUUUGUGCAGCAGCUUUAUCUACUUACCUUGUGAAUUUAUAUCUUGGACUUCCGUUGUAUCAAUAACUCAUUAACACCUUUCAUGGAAAUCAUCACUAUUUUUAAAUCAUGGUUUUGUGUAGUAUCCAUAAGGAUACCAAAUACUCACAUUUCCAAUCAUGGUUUUUGUGUAGGCCUGAAAUUUGUACACAUUAUUUAAAUAUAAAGAACACAAGUGAUGAUGAUGAUGGACUAGCUCCAUUGGAAGCCAAUACUAAUUAUAGGAUGAGAUCUGUUGAGUUGCAGGAAGAGGAGGAGAAAGAAUAGGGUCCACAUGGAUUCAUGUCACCAUCAAGAUGCAGUUGAAAAUUUCAUGCAUGUGGAUAACAAUAAUCAAAUGGUAGAGGUGAAAGAACAACGUACACUUGAAGUAAAAGAGCAAAGAGAAACUUGAGUUUUCAGGAUCUGAAAGAGUCACAAAGUCUUGUUGAUGGAAAUGGUGAUCCUGUCUUAGUUGCCAUCAAAAGGCUUGAUUAACAAGGUAUGAAAUUUCUUUGUAAGUAAUUUGUUACAUAAUGUCAUGAUUGCUGUAUUUCUACAAAAUAACACUCCCUGCUAAUGAAGAAAAUUGAAUUCUUAUUUUGUAAUUUUACAUGUCAUUCCAUGAAACAUACAACAUACCAAACCGUCACAGAGAAAUCAUACCAAAAGAUUGAUUUAUGAUUUUGGAGAUGACUAGACCAUAACAGUAUAAUACACCGAGAACGUCCAAUAACCGUUUUCCAACAUAGUUUAUGAGCAGUAUAAUCCAGUGGAGGAUUUGGCUACUCUUGAAAAUUCAAGGUCGGAGAAAACCUUUAAACCAACAAGAGGAAUCAAUUUGGAUGAGUUCAUCCAUAGUGUACAUAGUUAGUUUGUUCUAGUAACAGUAGUUUACUGGUAGAGAGAAACUAUGAAAAUCACUAUGGAUAAAUAUUCUUCUUCUCAAACGCGUCUACCUCUUCUUCUACCAUCUUUUCCUUUCACUAUCAACACAUUUCUCUUCCUCUUCCUCUCACUCUUAUUCUUAAUCCAAUUCCAAAAGCACGCCACUACUAAUGCGGUAAUGUACGCAUCUUGUGCACCUUUUGACUGUGGAAAUUUCAGCAAUAUUAGUUAUCCAUUUUGGAGUUUUAACAUUCAACCAAGUUAUUGUGGCCAUCCAAACUUCAAGCUUGAUUGCCAACAUGGCAAUUUAACUAUUGACAUAAAGUCGCAAAAGUUUCACAUCCUUCAAAUAAAUCAAACAUCUCAACUUUUGAGGAUUGCAAGGGACGAUUUAUGGGGUUACGAUUCCAAUGUUGUGCAUUCUUGUCCUAAGCAAUAUAUUGAUGUAAACUUAGAUUUGAAUUUCUUCAAGUACACUGCCAAUAAUGAAAACUAUACUCUAUUGUAUGAAUGUGGUCCUCUUUCACAGUCCUCUACUUUGAGUUCAGAAGUUUUCGAAGUAAUUUCUUGCCUCAUAGAGGGUAAACCUCGUGAUGCAUACCUAGUGUCAAGUGCCAAAUUGGCUGAUUUCAUUGUUAUGAAGUGUAAAAAUAGUAUCACAGUUUCUGGCUUGAAGAAUUCCUUCACAAACGACUCGGAUAUUGUGGUGGAUGUUUUAGAUGAAGGAUUCGAGGUUGGGUGGAGUGGUGUGGGAGAAGACGAAUGUGAUGGUUGCAUUAAAUCUGGUGGGAGAUGUGGAUACAAUACAUCAGAAAAUGCAAUUUUCUGUCUCUCGCCGGAGAAAUCUGUGGCACCAAUAGACGGAGUAACACCAUCAACCGCUGUUGCAGGUAAGCAGUUGAGCAGACAAGGGAAAAUAAAAAUCAUUAUAGGAAGUGCAGGUGCAGUAUUUGUAGCAUUAUCCGUAUGUAUCACAAUCUUUUGCUUCAAAUACAAGUCAACAAAAAAUAACCAAGAGAUCGAAAAAUUCUUAAAAACUCAUGAACCCUUUCCUGUUAGAAGAUACAAAUUCUCACAUAUCAAGAAAAUGACCAACAACUUCAAAGUUGAAUUAGGACAAGGUGGUUAUGGUGCUGUAUACAAAGGAAAGAUACUCGAUGAUCGCCCUGUGGCUGUAAGGAUAUUAAAGUCAUCCAAAAGAAAUGGUGAAGAUUUUAUGAAUGAGGUUUCUAGCAUUACUAAAACCUCUCAUGUUAAUGUUGUCACCCUUCUCAAACCUCAUAAUAUUCUCUUGGAUGAGAACUUUUGUCCAAAGAUAUCAGAUUUUGGGAUGGCAAGACUUUGCCCGAAGAAAGAGAGCAUUAUUUCGAUGUCAGGUGCUAGAGGGACAAUGGGAUAUGUAGCUCCUGAGCUGUGGAAUAGAAAUUUUGGACGAGUUUCACACAAGUCUGAUGUUUAUAGUUAAGGAAUGAUGUUGUUGGAAAUGGUUGGAGGGAGGAAAAACCUUCGUGCUGAUGCAAGUCACACAAGUGAGAUAUACUUUCCUUAUUGGGUGUACUGUGUACAGUAGACUUGAUCUAGGCGGUUAUUUAAGACCGGGCGAAGUCAUUGCCUCAGAAGAAGAUGAGAUCGCAAAGAGAAUGACCGUUGUAGGUUUAUGGUGCAUUCAAACAUUUCCAAAUGAUAGGCCUACAAUGAGUAGAGUGAUUGAAAUGUUAGAAUGCAACAUGAAUUCAUUGGAAAUACCACCAAAACCUGUUCUUUCGUCUCCUACUAGAUCAGUACCAAAAUCUCCAGCUUCAUGAAAUUUUUGGGGUCAACGUAGGUGAUAUGGCUGAAACGAAUGAAAAUAUAUGUAGAAAGAAGGCCUGAAAUUUUCAAACAUGAUAUAAAUGAAAGAACCACCUUCCAACAAGAGAAUGAUAUGGACACAAUUGAUGAUGAUGUAUGUUGUAUUACCUCCAUUGGAAGCCGAUAAUAACAGGACGAUAUAGUUGGUUCCCCAUAGUCCAACCGACACUAUAUAUUUAAAUAGUGUUCUUGCUGUUGUGUAUAAUCCGUAACCAGUUGAUGAUUUAGUGUUAGUUAGAAUCCUUAACCGUGUGUGGUAAGAUAGUUAAAGUAACAAAUGUUAGUUACUUGGCAUGCAAGAUAUUGCUAUAAAUACAUAUUGUAAUCACUCUA